AUGACGAUACCCAUUUUUUCGAUAGAGUGCGCUCACCCCUUGGGCUUGGAGAACUACCGGAUUCCUGAUUCAGCCUUUGCAUCUUCUUCGGAGUGGGACUCCAACCAUGGACCUACCAAUGCCAGACUUAACAGACCUAGUGGUGGCGGGAAGACUGGUGCCUGGUCAGCCAAGAGAAAUGAUAGAAACCAGUGGAUUCAAGUGACAUUUCCUGAGGUCACUAAAGUGACAAGAGUUGGAAUCCAAGGCAGAUAUGAUUACAAUCAGUGGGUUACCAAGUUCAAAGUGUCUUAUAGUCUUGAUGGUAUUGACUUCGUUAUCCUCGGCAAGAUAUACAACGGUAACAGCAACCGUAACAGCAUUGUGGUCAACGAUUUAGGGGCACCCAUUCAAGCUCGUGUAGUACGCAUCAAUCCAGUCGAAUGGUAUGGACACAUAUCCCUGAGGAUGGAGCUGUACGGCUGUCGUUCGUCAUCAGGAAGAACAAUCUUUCUUCUAUGGAAUCUGGAGUUCGACCCUCCCUCUGAUAGAUAUCUCUUCAUCGCCCUCAAACCGGAGGCUUAA